AUGCUCUUGGAGAAGCCGUCGACUCUCUCCAAGAAUCUCAACUUGGACAAGGGUUACCAGUUUGGCCCCGCGGUACAGUUGGUUCCUGGAUACUUCACCCACAGACCAGGAAAGCAGGCCCACCUUCAACAGGAUGUCUGCCUUCAACCUCAAGUGCAGGAUAUUCUGUCACGUUCAGCCAAACAGACCGGCAGUUCCCAAGCCGCUUUUCGCUCUCUCGGCGGCACCCCAACUGAGAAUGCCACCAUCAGCAACCUUCGCUCAGCUGUAUCCUCUGGCAGACUCAGGACGAAUCCUUCUCCAAGUAGCUGUGGCUCCUCUCAUGAGAGCACCAACAAACAUGAUGGAGAGACCACUACAAGAAAACUUCCACUCACGAUUGAACAUGUUCCUUUCCCGGACGCGUCCCCGAAACAGUCAGCAAAGCCUACCUUCCCGGUCCCGAAAGCUCGAAACCAGCACGAAGCUCCCGCACUUCCGACCGACGUGGAAACACUCUCAGAGGUUCUAACUGUGGCCAGGACAAACAACUCGGCAUCGGCUCCAGAACCGCGCACCUCUCAGCCCACCGUGCAAUGCUACGCCGACAACGCAAACCGACAUCACGAGUCCCCCAAUUACGAUCAGCGAGCACCUCUCGCAGCGUCGGAGAGGGAAGAAAGAAGCCACAGGCAGCAUCGGUCUUCUACACCGCAAGUGGUAAGCGCCUGUCACUCAGUGCGAGAGUAUGGAGAACAAUCUCGGAGCCACAUGGCCCGCCCAGUCAGGGACAUGGGACGUAGGCCUGCUCAAGCAGAUUACCGGGCUCGCCCAGAGUCACGCAGUUCCAACAUUUCGAAACAGAGCAGGUCCAGAUGCGGGUCGCUGGCGUCCAGUCCGAUGUUACGACAGCGGAGGGUCAACAUCAGCCACGAGUUCACCACUGGACUAGCCGGAGUCAUCAAUCAAUUUACACAGCAGCAAAGUGCUGCACUUGAGGAGCAGAAGGCAAAGUAUCACAAGUACAUCAAGCGGCUCCGGCGGGAGCUUGCUGAAGAGUCCGCAAUUGUUGCUCAGCAGAACUCCCAGAUGAACGCCCAGAUCAAGGCCAUCGAAGAGCUUCAGCACACCAAGGAACUGGUGACAAGUCAGUUGAACGGCAUGGAAGCCAAGUUGGCGGCUUCUGAGGAUAGGUCUCGAAGGCUCGAGGAGAAGUACCGGGCGUGCAAAGCGCACCUCAACUCUGCAAUCCAGGAGCAGCAGGAUCUCUACACUCGCUCGAAACAGCAAUGGACGGAAGCCCUUGAGCAAAUCAAUGCCCUGACACAACAGGUUGACGAGAAAGAAGCGGAGCUCAGUCGGGAGCGGGAGGCUGUUCGUGUGUUGUCUGAGCAGUUGAAGCAACUCAAGGCAAGCUCGAGUGGAUUCGAGACGCUCGGUAUUCAGGGCAAAGAAAUUCUCCAAAGGCUUGAGGAGCAGCAAGUAAAGGCAGAUGAGGAGCGUCAAAAGUCGGCACAGGAAUUCAGGGACAGGCUCGACUCCCUUGUAAACCGGCUUGAAGCACUCUCCAGCAUGAUGUCGGGACAGCCCGACGUCUUGUCCGGCAUUCAGGCGGCUCAGGAUGAGUCCCUGCGCAGCAUGACAACCAAACUGAACACCGCCCUGGAGUCGGGAGAUGCAACCCUUCAGGCCACAAACCAGUUAUCGGCUGACCUCGAACAUCACAUGGGAAAGGUCUGGGAGAGGCUGGGCAACCAACUCGAAUCACUCGGCAAACAACUCGCAGAAAAGGCCGAGGAGAACGGCAUGGUGUCAACGCUGUACAAGAGGAAAGAUGCCGAAUGUGAACGGCACAUGAAGGAGCUCACAGCAUUGAGGGUGACCGUGGAGAAGCAAGCAGACCAGAUUCACGAACUUGAGACCAACUUGGUUGCCCUGGAUGCAGCCCAAGACGAGAACGAGGAGACGAUCAGGCGGUUGGAAGCUGCAGGGGCCGAGGCGGCUCAAGCCAGAGAAGAGUUGGACUCCAAAACAGCUGCCUUGCAAGAAUUGCAGAGCAAACUCGACGCCAAAGAGAGGGCGUAUGCUUCCGAAUUGCAGAACUACAGUUCAAACAUGCAGAAGCUCGCUCAGGCAAUCCAGGACAAAGACCGGAACUCCGGUGCCGCAGCUAAGGAGGCUGCGGAAACUGCUCGUCGUGAAGUCCGCGUUGAGCUGGAAAGGGUUAAUGCGGAGACUGAGAAGCGUCUUCAAGAGACGCGGCAGCAACGAGACUCGCUGGCGGAGGAGUUGCAAAAGUUGAAGCAACAGGUCGACGAGAAGAAACAAAACGAGGCGCGGGAUGCCGCCACAAUCCGAUCGCUUUGGGAGAAUCUUGCCGUGGAGGAAGCGAAGGGGAAGCUGGCUGCCGAGAAGCUCGCAGAAGACUCGGCCAAUUCAAAACAGGUUGAAAGCCAGCUAUCGUCCAAGGCCCAAAACUUGGAGGCAGAACUCGAGGCCUUCAAGUCUCGGGCUGCUGAGUUGGAGGAAGAGAGCCAGCGUCGCCUGGCCAGAAUUAAAGCACUCGUUGCCGGCCUGAAGCAAUGGGCAGACCAAGAAGGUAUUGUCAUUGGUGAUCUGGACUGCUUCAGCGACGAGAGUAAAAGCCCAGAGCAAAUCGUUGCAGGACUCGUACAGAUUCUAGGGUGCCUUCCGCCCGCCCGGAGAUCGGAAACCAUCACCCCUGAGAAACGCUCGGGGGAUCUACUGCUUCGCGGUGAGAAUUCCAGGUUCUUUUUAAGCAGCCAGCAAUCGCAGAGCGAUCUGGAGGACCGGAAACACGGUGAUCAAUCAGCGAAGAGCAGCAUCAGUGCAACAGGAAGCGAGCAUUCGGGGUCCGAGGAGACGCUCACGAAGAAUGCUCUCGGGAACGAUCCGCUAUCGUACGCGUCAACGUUGCGCCACAUGAGGCGUGUUGUCGUCCGCAGUCCGGCAAACGUGCCAAACGAGCCAGCCGCACCGUCGGUCGACCAGGAAAAGCAGCGGAGAAGGGAGGCUCUGCAACCAAAGUCCAUCAUGAAGCGAGUCACCAGGAGCACGUCGAACCAGCUGAAGCAGGAGGUGCUUGAUACCGGUGCGGGCCAUGGUGCUUUCAAAAGGAGCAGGCAUAACGGAACGCCCUUUGGAUCAUCCGCCGCGAAACCACGAACAGACAAGCCCGCAAGCGAGAAGACUAAUUCGGCAUCUGAGACACAAGCUACUGAGAGCACCAACGGCGCGUUCUUGAAGCGUCCCACCAAGCGAAGACGUUCGGAGACAUCGAGGACAGAUGACUCAGAUAAUGUCCCAGGAAGCGCCGGCCAGGGGAUGAAGAGACAGUUAUCACGGCCCGGUGGUGUACCGCAAAAUGGAAUUCCUUACUCGGAAGAUGGAGUGCCAAUCUCCGGAAAACAGGGCGGUGUUGAUAGCCAUCACCAGACACCACCCUCCAGCUUGAGCAACUGUCACUCACUCCAGUCUGCUUCGGCUCGCAUCUCCCGGAGGGGCUCAGGGACAAUGGGAAGGAGACCACCCGCGAACACCAGCAACGUCCUGGGCCAAAGACAAGCGAAUGUACGGACGUACGGCUCACAGAGGGCGGCUGAAGAGCCUUCAACUGGUAAUGGGUACACGAGCUCCCAGUUCGCCCCGGGGUCACAAUCGCAGUCACAGUCGCAAUCGCGGUACUGGUCGAGACCGAAGGAGGAGUCGCAGGAGUCAACAACUUUCUCGCAGGGUGUCCGAGUGGAUGAGAAACCCGUUCCAGGACUGAAUUCUUGUCCAGGUCUAUGA